GCCAAAUGUCAAAAUACAGUGAUGGACUUGAUUGUUUGUUUGUGGAAAACUUGUUAGAAAGUAAUAAAAUGUCAUAAAAAAAUAGGGUUUUAAAUAUAUUCUAAACAAAAUCAAUAUCUUUCUUAUCAGUCCAAAACUUUUCCAAGUCACUGUGGCACUAUCCACAUUUAAUAAGUUGUUAGCCUUGAAGUAGAUGUCAUUUAAAUGAGUGUUGUUUAUUUAACAUUUUAGUGAUAUUAGUCGUAAUUUCGUGAUUAUAUGGCUCUGACGUUUGCCUUAUGUUUUGCGAUAAACUGGAAGAGGCAUGUUUUACCCACGCAUUCGGGAGAAAGGUGCAAGUUUAGUAGUUGUCAGCUGGACGUGCCUGGCCGUGCUCUGCGCUGCGUCCACGGCGCCCUGCGAUAAAACGCGCAGGGUGUUCACCGAGCCGAGUGGGAUCAUUACUGAUGGACCAAGUAGCUCGAACUAUACACAAGACUCACACUGUGAAUGGUUAAUUAAAGCAGCAAAUAAAAGUCAGUACAUAACCUUAAGUUUCCUUCGUAUGGGCACAGAAUGUUCAUAUGACUAUGUGUUUGUGUAUGAUGGUGAUUCUUUUGAUGCACCUCUAUUAGGCAGCUUCAGCGGGAAAACGGAACCACAAAAUGUUACAGCCUCAAGUGGAUAUAUGCUCAUAUUACUAUAUAGUGACACAAAUUAUGUAUUAGAUGGGUUCAGAGCAACAUAUGCAAUUCAUAACUGCCCAAAUAAUUGCACUGGUCGUGGAUUAUGUAUGUCGAACAAGUGUUUCUGUGGAGGCAAUUGGGGAGGACCUGAUUGUAGUGUGAAACUCUGCCCCAGUGGCUGUUCUGGAAAUGGGCAGUGUGCGGGUGACAGGUGUCUUUGUAAGAAGGGAUAUUCAGGGGAGGCAUGUUCCUUAAAAAGGAAUGACAAAGAAGGCAAUAGCUGGCAUUGGCUCUCUCACACAGAAAGUGGCAUGACAAAGCGGGCGGCCCACUCCGCAAUAUAUGUCAGCCUUACAGAUUCUUUAUAUGUAUUUGGAGGAUAUGAUCUGAACAGGGUUUUAGGUUUAUUGGAGAUUUACAAUUUUUCAACUAGUCAAUGGUGUGACGAAAACGGAAAAGUGCUACGUCGUUAUCCUACCAAUGAAGAAAUUGAUAAGUCUCUAUUAACACUGUUCACCAAGGGCACCAUCGAUGGAGGCUGGCAGAUAGGCAAUAGGAGUUCCCUCUUUAAUUUACUUCUAUCAUCCUUCUCACACCAUGACAAAACCACAUUACCUCUCAUGUAUUCCCAGCCUUCCACGCCUUACUCGGAAAGCUAUUUGCAAUUUACUGACCGACCUGAAUUCCUUAGUUCGAAUCUCAAAUCAAACGAUACCAGCCCUGAGCCGAGAUACGGACACUCGGCGUGUGCUUUUAGUAACGGCUUUAUAUUGUACGGUGGAAAAUUGUCGGACGGGAGUCUGUCUUCGGAGUUGUGGUAUUAUGACGCGAUAGCUAAGAUAUGGACGCUAAGAGCGGCAAACUCGACCUUUACUCCACCUGGGUUGACGCGCCAUACACUAACGGCAGUCAAAGAUGAAUUAUAUUUGUUUGGCGGCAGUACUGUAGAAGGAGAAUUUUCUUCAAGUCUAUACAAAAUUAAAAUGGGUGAACCCAGUACAGAGACUUGGGAGAAAAUACAAGUGCGAGGUGGCAAAGAGUUAGAUGUGAGAGUGGUGGCGCACACUGCUGUGUAUCAUGAUCAUUCCAACUCCAUAUUAGUGUAUGGGGGCGUGGUUGCUAGUGUUGCCAGGUUUUCGAAGCUGUCGGACAGAAUGUUCGCGUUCGACCUAGACUACAAACAUUGGAGUGAAAUUCACUAUCCUCGAGCUCAUUUACGUGACACCUACGUUCCGCGCGAGCGCGCCUUCCACACAGCGACGAUCAUCGGAAACUAUUUAGUCGUAUUCGGUGGAUAUUCACACAGGCAUAAUAGGGAAGAAAUAUGCUAUGAUGGUCAAAUGUACCUGUACCACCUCGGAUGUCACUCUUGGAUUCCAUUGGACGUAUUGGGAAAAACUCGCAAGUUUUAUCCAAAGAAGCAGGGUGUUUUCGCGCACGCCGCAUCCUUGAGACCACCCUCUACUUUACUUAUCGCUGGAGGAUACCAUGGCAAUGUGAAUGGUGACCUGUUAGCGUAUGUCGUCCCAAGUUGGCACGCUGGAAUCACCGACAAGGAUCCAGAGACUGCGUGCCCGCGACACCGCACGCAGCCUGAGUGCCUCGCUGACCCCGAAUGCGGAUGGUGUUCUGCUGAUGACAUAUGCUAUGGAAGAACAGGAUCAAACUGUACGACAAAUUUGCAAUCUAUCAGAUGUGGUGGAAUUUGCCCAGCACUCGGGGACUGUCACUCGUGUCUUAUUCAUGGCCCUCCGCUUGGAAAAAAUAGUUCCCGAACACCACUAACUUCAGUCAGCACGAAGUUAGGCUUAUAUCAGUGCACUUGGUGUGUUCAGAAUGCCCGAUGCCACCUUAAAGAUGACAGUUACGGCGUAUGCGGCGAAGACACACCUUCUGAGAAUCCUGGUUGGUGGGGCACAACUGGUACCGAAGUGACAAUCCCCGAUGAAUGCAAAAUUUUAGAUAAACGCCCAGGACUGACUUUCUUGAGAUACCAACAACCGGCGGAUUGGAAUCAUCCAGAUGGCGUUUCAGUCGUUAAUGCGACGACUGUAGACUGGGGAACCGGUGGAGGCAGUAAUCACAUAUUCAGCGGGGCGAGUGAAGCCAGGCUUCGAGGCUGGUUACAUAUACCGCAGUAUUGGAAUGGGACAGGGGAAACGUUACACAUGUGUGCAGGAUACUCCAAUUUGUCGCUAAGUCUAGGUGAUAGUACUGAACCAAUAGCUAAUAUAACGGCUCAACCGUCUUCUUGUGCGCCGAUAGACUGGCCCACUUUGCUCCCCGGUCGUCUCGCCGUCGACAUGAACGCUAAUGAUUCCUUACAUACGGGACUAUAUCCGUCUCAUCAUCACGCCAAAAUGGAACUCCUUCACAACAAAUCGCAAGAAAGCGCCAAGGUAUUCACAUUCGAAUUUUUAGAGCCAUAUUCGAACGGACAGUGUUUAAACUACGAUAAUUGUCUACUGUGUCUAUCUGAUGCGGCUUGCGGGUGGUGCGAGUUGACGAAUCGCUGCGAGCAUAGAAACAUAGACGAGAAAACUACAUGUGCAGCCGAAGGCGAGUGGAGGUACCUCACAUUGCAACCGGCCGCCUGUCCCAACUGCUCCAACUAUAUCAGCUGCGAGCGCUGCGUGGCCGGCAACUACUGUGAGUGGUGGGCGGACGAGGCGCGCUGCGCCCGGCGCGGCCGCGCCAGCGGCGCCGUCGCCGACGCGGCUGCAUGCCCGGCGCCCUGCCGCUUGCGCACGCAGUGCGAGGACUGUCUGGACGAACGUGGUCGCUGUGUUUGGUGCGAAGCGACUCGCCAGUGUUUCAGUUUCAGUGUUUACACGAGUGAGUACCAGUUUGGUUUAUGUCGCGAGUGGCUAGAUCGCGCUUCCAUUCCGGCCGAGGAAGCUACUAAAAAAGCCAGUCAGUGUAAAUCUUGCAAAGCGCAUACGCAGUGCUCCACGUGUUUGCGGAGCAUGGGCUGCGGCUGGUGUCAUUCUCACGAAAACCCAAUCAACGGUAUGUGCACGGAAGGCGAUUUCACGAGAUCUCAUGUGGACUGCGCCACUCUAUUGAACGUCAGUUCGACCGACGCAGGCUGGGCGUACCCGCAGUGUCCCGAUGUUGACGAGUGUGGACUCGGACUUCACGACUGCCACGAGAACGCCGUCUGUAACAACACGCACGGCUCAUACACGUGCAAGUGUAAACAGGGUUAUAUAGGGGAUGGCAAAAAGAGCUGCAUGCGGACUUGUUACAACAAUUGCAUUCAUGGCUACUGUUUAGGUGCACCACAAUACAAAUGCCACUGUGAUCUGGGGUGGACCGGAGCGGAUUGUUCGAUUAACUGCGGCUGCCAUAAUCACUCGACAUGCAGAACGGGCGUCGGGAGAUGUGACGAGUGUCAGGAUUGGACCGAGGGCGAGUUUUGCGAGUCUUGUAAGCCCGGCAGCCACGGGAACGCCACUGCGGGACAAGGCUGUCGUCGCUGCGAUUGUAACGACCAUGGCGAUGAAACGCGAGGUGUUUGUGACGUCUCAACUGGUGAAUGUAUUUGCAAAGAUAACACUGAGGGCCAAAAUUGCGAACGCUGUAAACCUAAAUUUUACGGAGACCCUCGACAUGGAGGUAGAUGUUAUUAUCAGUGUGAACCUAGAGGCAUGUUAAAUGCAUCACAGACAGAAGGUAUAGGUUCGUAUAAAACCGAUCCGGAUAUAAAAAGCAUUGGGCCUAUCAAAGAGUGUUUGUGGAUUAUUUCUUCAGAAAAUAUCAAAGAUGCUAUAAUACAAUUCACUGUGAACUCUUCUACUUUUAACGUGCCUUGCGACGAAAAUGCCGUUUACGUAUACGAUGGGUUAGGAGGUGUGCCAGAUUUAACUAAUAAUCAACAGAGUCAACUCUUAGGCGUCUUUUGUAACGGUGCAUCCUCGGGAGUUAUUGAAGCCCGAAGUGGAAAUUUGACUGUUCAUUAUAAACAAAGUCAACCUGAACAAGGAUUCGAAGGAGUGUACAAUGUUCUUGCGUGUGAUGGGUAUUGUUCUUGGCCGAGGCUGUGUAAUAAUAGACAUUGUGUGUGCAGAGAGGGUUACGGAGGAUUCGAUUGUGCUGUAGAAAUCUGCCGAAAUAAUUGUAGUAUGCAUCUUAAGGGUGGAGUUUGUGAUACGAGCUAUGGAAGAUGUCUUUGUAAUGAAGGUUUUGGUGGGGACGACUGCUCUCUUAAACUUGACAAAUCACAACUCGUUUUUACAGAGCUAUUCAAUUCCGAUUUUCUUUCUGAUGAUCUCGAUCACUUGAGAAAGACUCUGCCUAGAUUUGGACACAGCUUGGUCGCCGAUAGACGAGGCUUAUGGAUGUUCGGAGGAUACUCGCUUUCACACGGACCUUUAAAUGAUAUAAGAUAUUAUGAUACGAAAAAUAACACUUGGAUGCCGGUCACUGUAGAUGCUACACCAGAUCCCAAAAUGCCUGAAGGAAGGUAUUUUCAUGCGGCGGAGAUAUACCACGCUAAACAAAACAUCUACAUUUAUGGUGGCUUAAGUUUGCAAGAUAAAAGUGGCCAAAACAAAACAUUAAUUGACUUUUGGCAGUUUAGUUUAAAAGAAAAACGUUGGAGUCUAAUUAGAAAUAAGGAAGAGUUCCCUCCUCCUCUGGCUGGUCACACAUUGACAUUUCAGAAAUAUCAAGAUUACGAGAGUUUAGUCCUUAUAGGAGGAUUUUCCCUAGAAGAAGGUUUCAUGACCGAUGUGUGGGAAUUCGACUUGGAUAAUGACAAAUGGAUUAAGCUGGCAUGCGGCGGCUCAAGGCCAGUGGGGUUGAUUGGUCAUAGCACCGUGUAUCACGCACCUUCACAGAGUCUUUACGUAUUUGGUGGGAUCUUGUACAUGUAUAACGGAACAAUAGUCUCUAAUAAACUGUUUUCAUUCCACUAUCCCACUAAAACUUGGAGCGAGCUACCAACUUUUCCAAGUCUGAACAACGCGCACGAUAACUUGCCGCGGGCGACGUAUCUUCAUUCGGCGGUUACGACAAAUGACUACAUGAUAGUAUUCGGUGGACGAACAGUUCCAGACAGACGAUCUAAUUCUCUUAUAGCAUAUGUUUACAGCUGCAAUCAAUGGGUCAAGCUUUCCAAAGGCGCAAGUGUAUUAGAUCAUCCGCCACCACGGACGAUAGCUCACGCUAUGGCGAUAGACAUGGAGUCUGAAAACGAUUGGAAUAUUUAUAUAGUGGGGGGUUGGACAGGCAGUGCCAACUGUCAGGUGACACGCAUAACUUUGCCCGACGAUUUGUGUUCGCUCUGGAGCUCUAGUAAAAUCGAGUGCAGAAGUCAUAUGGGAUGCAGUUUCUGUAGCACCGGAGAAUAUACUAAGUGCUAUUCUGUUGAUAAUCCGGGAUGCGAGGGAAGUGAUAGAAUAUCGACUAACGCUGGAGCAGCUUGUGAUGCAGACUUAGUAGCGAGGCGCCCGUGUGAGAACUUUACAUCAUGCACUUCUUGCUUAGCUGCAUGGCCAUUAUAUCCGGAGGAAAAGCCCGUUUGCCGAUGGUGUGAAACUUGUGCUGCUGGUAUUGGUGAAUGUGUACCAACAGAUGAAUCAUGUACUAGUAUCAAAUGCAACGCUGGUACCACAUAUAUUAGUGAUUCAUCCCAAUGUCCAGAAUUGAGAUGUGUAGCACCCGACUGUGACAAAUGUGUCUCUAAUCAGUGCUCCUGGACUAGACUCGUUAAUAGAGCAGCACAAAUAACUAGAGUAACGGAUGAUCCAGCAGAGCUCUUUAAUUGGACAUGUGCCACAACAGACGAACCCGGACGUGCAAGUCUACGUGCUCUUUCACUUAAACUCGGCCACUCAUAUUUCGGUAUCACUAAAGACGAGUGUCCGAGUAAAUGUCAUCUUUACGACGACUGUCAGUCUUGCCUGAGCUCCGAAGGCGCCGAGGGUGGCUUUUCCGAAUGUCACUGGGCUAGUUAUCUCGGCACGUGUAUUUCUCCUGCAUAUCAGCCCGUGUACUGCGCAGGCGGAGUUUGUGGAUUAGUUUUGACUAAAGCUGAUAAGAAUAAGUGUCCAGCUCCUUGUGGCACAUUCGAACAGUGUACAGAGUGUCUCCAUCACUCUCAUUGCGGCUGGUGCGCUCUCGAAGGAGCGAACGGGGAAGGCGUGUGCACCGAAGGCUCUAUAGACUCUCCAUUGGAAUAUUCCACGCGUACGACGUGUGCGGCCGUGUAUACGAACGCACAUCAGAGCAAUACUACCAACGACACAUUUUCUUGGCACUACACCCGUUGCCCACCAGAAAACGAGUGCGAGAAUAAUCACCAUCAAUGUAAAGCUGAAUCUGAGGUGUGUCGCGACCUGCCCGAGGGCUACGAGUGCACGUGCGGCGCGGGGCAUAAGCGCGUGGGCGGCGCGUGCGCGGCCGUGUGCUCACAGGGCUGCGUGCGCGGCGCCUGCGUGCAGCCCGACCGCUGCCGUUGCGACUUCGGCUACGUGGGCGCCAACUGCACCAUCCAGUGCCAGUGCAACGGCCACGCGCACUGCGAGGGGCCCGACAAGCUGGACGUGUGCAGCGAGUGCCACAACAACACCAUGGGCAGCCAAUGUGAGAAAUGUAAGCCUAAUUUCGUGGGCGAUCCAACUGAUAACGGGCAAUGUAUACCUUGUUCUGUGUAUUGCCACGGCCACACUUCGGUGUGCACGAACGAGGCGGACGCAGCGCUGAUAGCGCGCGACAUCAGCAAUGCGGACCUCGAGGAGUAUUACCGGGAGGGUGGCGCCAAGGCGCGGUGUGUGCGGUGUGCCAAUAAUACCGAUGGGCCAAGGUGCGAACGAUGUAUCGAGGGAUACUUCAGAGGAUCGGAAGACUUCCGGGAUCCAUGUCGGCCAUGCGAAUGCCACGGCCACGGCGACACCUGCGACCCCGUGACGGGCGAGAAGUGCAACUGCGGCAACAACACGGAGAGCGACGCGUCGUGCCAGACCGCGUCGUCCAGCAAGAACUCCGCGCAGGAGUGCUGGCGCUACCAGUGCGUCAAGUGCCGCGACCUGUACAUGGGCGACCCGCGCAACGGUCACCAGUGCUACAAGACCAUCAACAUCGAGAACAAGCUGUGCUUCGACGGCAAGUCUAUAGAUGAGUGCAAAAUUAAACCGCGCCCUCUAUACCCGGGUCAGACGGUAUUCGUAGCCGUCAAUCCGCGAUACAUGAACGUGGAUAUCCGAGUCAUAGUGGAUGUGACGCAAGGCGCAGUGGAUUUGUACAUGAGCCCCAAUGAUAGCUCCUUUGUGGUCUCCGUAAAUUCUAGCACGGGGUCCCAUGCGGUGGAACUGGAUCCGACCUAUUACAAACAUGAGACAUUCCGAAAAAUGCCCACUUUUGAAGACCACAUACCAGAAAAGCCAGGGAAAAUAACGUGGUAUUACGAUAAGACGGAAUACGCGCUUGCCGAUUAUACAGCCAAAGACCUCGCGACAUACGUGACAGUAGACAAGAGAAACGUAUUGCUUCGAGUGAAGAAUCUCCGCAACCGUCUCGUUUUAACUUUACCACAGAAUAUACACGAUCUGACCCAUACGAAGUUCUACAUUAUAGUUCGUGCGAAGCAUACAGAGGACGGUUCUGCCAGCUUCGGCAUUACUUUCUUCCGACAGGAUCAGUUACACAUCGAUCUCUUCGUGUUUUUCUCGGUGUUCUUUUCGUGCUUUUUCCUGUUUUUGGCCGCGUGCGUGGUCGCGUGGAAGGCCAAGCAAGCUGCGGAUGUACGGAGGGCGCGAAGAAGACACGUUGUAGAGAUGCUGCAUAUGGCGAAACGUCCGUUCGCUGCAGUAAGGGUGGUCUUAAACCCGGGCGCUUGGGCCCGGCGCCGGCGAGCAGAGUUGCGGCCCGUCGCUAUAGAGCCUACGUUCGACACCCGCGCUGCCGUCACCACGCUACUUGUCAGGUUGCCGGGCGGGUCCCGCGCUCCCGUGCGAAUGGCGCUCGCGUCCGCGCUGGUGCUGGUGACGCGCGGCGCGCCCGCUCGCCCGCGCGCGCGCCGCGCCCUGUCCUAGCAGGAGCACGCCCAAGCACAUGCUCACUUGCCCGCCACCUAUAGCAUAUACAAUGUAAAUACUGACUAGUAUGUGCUAGCUAUGUGGAGCAUUUCACAAGAAGUCCCCUUUGUCAUAGGUUAGCUUAGCUUGCAAUCGCAACACUGCAAACCUAUAAAAAUAUACACCCGUAUUUUGGCGCGCGCAAGAAAACAUGGCGCCAACGUAUUAACAAGUAUCUAGUACACCUGCACACAUUUUCGCAUUAAAUCAGUUACCACAACAACACAUACUGUAAAUAUGUAGCAUGUACCAAAACAGCAAAUGCUUACAGAGUGAAAAUUAUGUUAACACACCUCCAUAAUUAUGGAAACAAAUCUAUACUUGGUUAAAAUACCAAUUCUGCCAAUAGGGACUUCUUGUGUAAAAAGUACCAGUGUUGGUAUAAAACGUGUAAACCAAACUUCAAGUCACUCCUGUGAAUGUGGUGUCCAUUACUUUUAACAUGAGCUUGAAGGAAAACAAAGGACACUCGCUUCCUUGGAGACAUGGAUCACGAUGGCAAACUACAUUUGCACAAUAAUGCACAAUAUUUUGCAUAAUAAGUAGGCAGCUCUAGGCCACUGUUUAUCACAUGAAGGAUUUUAAACAAUAUUUUCUCUACAUUUUUACCAGGGAAGCACAAACGCUACUAUAAAGUAGGUACGCUUAUUAAAAAUACAAUUUGAGAGUUAUAAACAUCUGGAUCUUUAUUUUAAAUCUUAUACUUUGUAUCACAAUAUAAUGUGCGCUAUGUACGAUAACCAUACCUACAAAUUUAUAGUACCUGGCGUUUGUGUCUUCCUGGUACAAUUUUAUGAUGUAGGAAUAUGUACCUAGUUUUAUUUCAAUUUUAAACAGGAAAUUCAGAUUUUAUUAUGUUAAAAUAUAUUGGAUGAUGGAACAUGAGAUAGAAUACACUCUCGAACUGUAGGUAUAAUUAUUUUAUUUAAGGUGGCAGUCUUAUUUAAGGCUACUACGAUAAGUUAAUUUGUCGUGAAAGUGUGACUAUCCAAAUUACCUGUUUAAAAAUUUUUUUUUUUCAUAUUAGCUAAAAUACCAAGAUCUGAUCUAGGUUUUCUGUAUAUCACUCAAGUGAGAGGUGAUGGUUAAGUAAAAGAUGUAUAUUUUAUUGAAAAUAGUAUAAAGUAUCAAUAAUUGUAUGUAUAUUUGGGUAAAUAUAGUUUUGAUUUUGGAUUUGUGUAAUUAUUAUGCACAGAAGUAGGUUUUGUUUAGUGUUAAAGAUAACAAUCAUGUUUAUAAGGUGAAAUGCACAACUGUUAUGAUUUAUUUUAAGUAAAAAAAUGUACCUAAUAAGAAAUAUUAUAUUUUUCGUGAGGUGUCCUAUUGCCAUUUUAUGAAUUCGCUUAAACAUUGAAAUCUUUUUAGGCACUAAAUUUAAAUAGAAAUACAUUUUUGUAGUUUUUAAAAGGAUAAAUAAUAUGAACUUAUGAAUUUCGUAUACCUACUAAGUAUAGCUGUGGCCUGUGGCUUUAUAACUCAUAGAUACUAUUUAAAAUAAUUGUAUCCUAUUCAUAACUGCCAUAUCGAUUCGAAGAGAGCCAAAGGAAUCAAAAUUAGCGUGAAUUGAGCGCCGGUUGUGAAUAGCCAAUAGUCGCUGGAGCUGUUGUGUUAUUUAUUUCCAAAUUUUAUCAUGUGAUGUUGAAAAACAGAGUUAAGUUAUGGCUUGUUAUUUCUAUAUGUUUAGCAUGUAAAGAAUCGUUCUUACGAAAUUUUAUUUAGAUAGAUAAAUAUUAAUAUAUGUUACUAUUAAAAGCUACCUACCGUGAUAGUAUUUUGUUUGAAAAUACUAAAACAUAAAUAAUCUCAAAAAAUAGGUCAUUCGCGUUGUAUCUGUUGUCAAGUAUAAUAUUUUUUUAACUAUGUUAUAUUGAUUAUAGAAAUGUAUUCGUUUAGGUGUUUUACUGUAUAUCUAAAUGUAGUAAGUAAUAUAGGUAAAAUUCAAAGUUAAAACACACAACAUAAACAACCCAGCCCUGAAACAAGGCAGCUAUUUGAUUACAGUGUAUAAAAAUUAUCCGAAAAAAAUAUGUUUAUUUUACGAAUUCAUAGGUAACUUUGGUUAGGCACUAAUGGGUAAAUGAUGUCCACUUCAUUGCAUGGGUUUUGAUCAAAAAUCUCGAAGGAAAUCGAUUUUCUGGGAUAAAAGUAGCCUAUGUCUCCAGGAUGCAACCUAUCACUUUACUGUCUAAAUCGGCUAGACAGAUGGAAAAUGACAGACGAUAGACACAUUCUUAUAAUAUUAGUAUGGAUAAGUGACUUUUAAAAUACUUUAUUUUAAUAGUUGCAACGCGAACUUAGCCCUGUUGAUCUGAACGCUUAUUGAUUGAAUCUCUUCAAAAGUUAUUUAUUUUAAUUAAUUAUGUGAAUAUGAUUGAUUUGGAUACUGUAAUUGGUAUUAUCAUAAUAUUUUCAGUGAUAUGUUUUGUGUAGCUAUUUUUUUUUGAUUUAUAAGUAAAGUAUAAUUUUAUAUUUUAAUUUCAUACAAGGUUUUUUUUUUAAAUAUUUUACAGUGUGACCAUUAAGGACCAUUUCGCAUAGUACAAAAACAAACCAUUUAACAUUUUCUAGUCCACUUUAACUUGUUUUUUGUUUUAACAACUGCAUAAUAUUAAUAUCUAUCUGUUAGAUGCUAUAUGAAAUGAAAGAUAAAUAAAAUUGACCAGUGAAUAUCAUUUCAAUAAGUAACAUGCUCCAUUCCUCUAGGUACUGCAUUCAUACAUUUCUUAAGUAUUUUAUUAUUGUGCAAUUUGUUACCAAAUAAAAAGUUAUUAUUUAUUAUAUUGUUAUUGUUCAUUUUGCCAGCAUUUAUUAACCUAUCAGUAAAUUAGUUUCUUGAAUUAGGAACAGUGUUCCUUGCAAUUUGAAUCAGAUUUAUUACAAUUUUAAUUCAUCAUAUUUAAAAAUAAAAUAUACUUGAUACAAAAUGGUCCUAAAUGGUAUUUCAUGUAUUAUGGGUUUGUUAACUUAUAUACUUAGCUGAUUGUAAAUUUUAAAAGUAUUGUGCACUCGUAAACAAUUACUUGGUUAUUAUAAAAUGCUCAAAUUCGAUUUUUGCUUAUUACAUGCAUAUUAUAUGUAUGCAUAUUGAUAGAUAGAACAGUUAUAAAUACUAAAAAAUAUUGUUGCCAAAUUUUUAGGGUGAAAUGUUUCAAUGUUAUAGUAAAAUAAAAUUUACUUAGGUAAAAGUAUUGGUCUAGCUAAAAAUAAAUUCUAUUUUUCAUUGAUGCAUCAGUACAUAUUAAUUAUAUUAGGUGUGGUUAGGUUCUAAUGUGAUGAUUCUUCUUAAUUCUGAAUAAUAAUAUAUUAAGUAUGACUAAACCUUGAUAUAGAAUAUAGUUCUUCAUAGAAGGACUAAACAUUUAAAAUAAAUGUCAAUAUUUUUUUUGUUGAUUGUAUUGAUUUGAAAAGGUAAUUUUUUUUUUUUUUUGAAUAUCUUAUUGAAAGUGUCAGGAACCUGUUGUAAAAUGAAUAAUGUUUAAAAUUUUGGUUUCAUUCAUCAUAAUAUUAAUGCUACUUGCUCUAAAAAUUCAUCUGAUAUUCUCAAAACUACUAAUUGCUCAUUAGUAAUCAGCAGUAUUGUGUAAACUAACAAUAAUCAAUUAGUCAGUAUAUAAGUAGAAUCAUGUUAUCAUUUAGUUGUAAGAAAAAAUUAUAACUAUUAGAUGUAAUUAUAUAAGAGUAAGAGAGAGUACUGAUAUUGUUAUAAAUACUUGAUAAUAAUAAGAUGAUAUGUGAUCAAAGUCCAUGAAACAUUCCAUAUGUAUAUGUUGUACAUACAAAAUUAAAUUAAGCAUAAAAACUAAGUGUAUGUAUCAAGUGUAAGUCGGGCAUCUAAGAGCUUUAAGGGUGUUACUCUAGGAAAAAUGAUUGCUCAUUAUUUCAACUACCUAUGUAUUGAAUUUCUUUUAAAAAUGCAUUUAUUUAUUCUCAUUUUACUAUAAUUGGUGUAAAUUUUUUUAUAUCUUGAUAAUAAUAAAUAAAUAAUAAUUUGUUAGCAGUUUUGUGAUUUUUCUCCUGUGAUCUCUAACUGGAGAUAGCAUAUUAUACGUAGGUAUAACAUUUUAAUUUAUAAUACUGCUUGAUCACUAUUAUUGCUGGCUUAUGAAUUUUCGUAAUAAUUGCUUACACUCCACAUAGAAACUGCUGUACAUAAUUUUACUGUUUUUUCUUUAUGUACCUAUAAUUAAUCUAUAUGUAUAUAGCUUACCUACUUGGAUGUUAAAGUACCUAGUAUUUUGUUUUGUAUCGAUUCAACAACCUAAUAUUCAAUAUCAAGCAAUCAAUAAUUUUAUUUAUCAUAUCUACCUACUUUGAAUAAAUUAUGGUGGUUUUUCCAAAAUAUACCAAGCGCGAACAUAAAAAUCUUAAGGGUCUGGGAUAGGAUCCCUUUCCUUUAAAAUGGUUUUAUUUAUAUAGAUUAAACAAUAAUAUUUUAAAACAAUGCUUACUGUUACUACAUUAUUUGCAAGUGUUUUUUUUUUUUUAUAAAGUCUAAGCCGCUGAGACAGAAUUGUAAAUGCUGAGAGCAGCAUUAACUAUCCGUCUGAAACGUUUGAAGCAUUUGCAGUCCUAUCUGCUCUGGCCUAAUAAUAAAUUAUAUGACGUGGAGUUUCUACUGUCUACAAACUCUGUCCAUUGCUGAGUACAACACUGACAAACACAGUAGUAUAUUAUUGUUCAUAAUACUGGAAUAUUAAACUAGCAUUUGUGUUUUAGCAAAAAUUGUUUGACAUUAAGACAGUCUAGAUGAGACAAUCUAAAUAUUUCAAUUUAUUUCCCUCAAACCUAAAUACAACCCUCUGAAUGAAAAUGAAAUGUAAUUAAGUAAUAAUUCUUAUAGAUAUUAAAAAUAGUAAGUAUAUACUAAAGCUAAAAUAGAGCCAUGACAGUCACAUAAAUAGGAUCUAAAGGCAGUAUUAUGUGUAUGUAAGCAAUAUAUAUUAUGCAUAUUUAGUUAAUGUAACUGUAAAUGUUUAUAAAUAAAAUAUACUGUUGGUUUUAA